AUGGAGUCUAAUCCAGACCCUGCUCUUGCCUUGUGAGUUAGCGCUGACCAAGGCUCGUACACCCACCCACUCCUGGCUCCCCCCCGCCUGCUCGUGACUCGGUCGACGCGCUCCCCCCGAUCUCGUCUCGAAGGGGGGGGGGGGGGGGGGUGGGGGGUGGGCAUAACUGAUAACCACCCCUCUGUUUUCAUUCACAGUUGGCCCGACACUCAACUCGACUCGAUCGACCUCUACGCGACGCUCAACCUCAGCCGCACCGCGACCGAAGCCGAGAUCAAAUCCGCCUACCGUCGCGGUGCGCUCCUCUCGCACCCGGACAAGCUUCCCCCCAAGGCCACCGAGGCUCAAAUUUCGGCUUCCCAACUCCGUUUUCAACGGAUCAGUUACGCGUACAACGUGUUGAAGGACGAGAAGAGGAGGAACAGGUACGAUGAUACGGGGAGGACGGACGAGGGUGGGGGGAUCGAGCGGAGUGAGGAUGAGUGGAGGGAGUACUUCAAGGAGUUGUGGACGGGGCAGGUCAAUGCAGAGACGAUCGAUCAGUUCAAGAAGGAGUACCAAGGUGGGUUACUUGGGGGGUCUUAGGGUCCAUGCGGCGUAGUGGGAAACGAUGGCUUUCCCAGCAAGGCCGGAAAAACCUUGCCUCGUCUCGUUUCAAAUUACGAUCGAAGGCGUCUCACCGAUUCGGAUUCAUUCUUGGUCUUGUGUGUGCAGGUUCCGAAGAAGAACUUUCCGACCUUUUGGAAGCUUACGACGUCCAUUCCGGUGACCUCGAGUCCAUUUCGAACCACAUCAUGUGUUCGACCGUCGAAGACGAACCUCGUUUCAUCUCCCUCAUCAACGAAGCCAUCCAAGACGGAAGGUUGAAAACAUGCAAAAAGUGGACUACGUCGAGUAAGAACCUUAAAGCUCGAACGACGAGGAUCAACAAGGCGAAUAAGGAAGCGAAUGAGGCCGAGGCGUAUGCUAAGGAAUUGGGCGUGCACGACCAGUUGUACAAUUCGGCGGGUGGGAAGGGGAAGAAGGAGGGUGCAACGAAAGGGAAGGGGAUCGCCAAGGGGAAGGGGAAUAGUCAGAGGGAGGAAGAGGUCGAUGGUGAUUUGGAUGGGUUGAAAGCUUUGAUUCAGGGGCGUCAAGCGAAUCGGAUGGAAUCGUUGAUGAAAUCCCUCGAGGCCAAGUAUGGCGCCGGUGCAGCGGGGAAAAAGAAGGGAGGGAAGAAGCGCUCGAGCAAGGAGGACGACGAUGAAGAUGAGGGUGAUAUGGGAAAGAACAAAAAGGGGAAGAAGAAGGUGGUGGAGGAGGAGAUGAGUGAGGAGGAUUUCCUCAAGGCCAGAGCGGCGAUCGAUGCGAGGGCAGCCAAGGGGAGAAGUAAGAAGUGA